CCGCCGCCGCAGCCAUACUCUCCCGCUUCACCACCGCUAUCCGCCGCCACUUUUCAAAAAGACCGACUACGUCAAAUCUCCCCAAACCCUUCUCAAAAAUUCCAUGGAAGCACAGGGGUAGAGCCAUUCAAGAAUUCCAGAAAGCACUCACGGACUACCUCCACACGACUCGCGCUUUGCCGUUUCCAUGCGCAGACCAUAUCGCCAGCAAUUCCCCUCAGUCUCUGUGGAAAGUCGUCUCCGAAAUUCCCUUCUCGCCGUCGACUUUCGGGUACUCCUUCCAGCGUUUCCUCAGCAUUUCAAUGUGGUUUGUGCUCUGGCGGGGAUGGGGUUCCCCUGGAGUAAACUGGGGCUUUUGUGUAAAGAGGAAGAAGCAUUGAUAUUCGAAAUGGAUCCUUCAGAGUUGCAGAGGAAGAUUGAUGGGAUUAAGAGUGGUUAUGGGCUUAAUAGUGUUAGUGUAAUUAGUAUUUGCUUGGCUUUCCCAAGAGUUUUAUACAGUGAGAUGGAUGAUUUGUUAAGUGAUUUGAGGGUAUUGUUGUUGGAUCAUGAUUUGUUGAGUUAUGUCGAGGGUAAUGUGGAUGCUGUGCUUGAGGUUUGUGAAAAAGUUAGGAUGUUUUACGACUUGGGUUGCAAGAUGGGAAAGGUUGGUGAGUUGAUGGGAAGAAGCAAAAGCAUUUUCGUUGAGCACUCGAAAGAGGUUUUGAUGAGCAAGAUUGAGUAUUUUUCUAAGUUGAAUGUUCAGAAGGAUCAAAUUGGAUUAUUUCUUCUUUCAAGACCGGAAAUCUUUGGUUUUGAUCUGGAGGGUCAGGUGAUUUCAGUUUUGGGAUUCUUGGAGCACUUCGGAUUAGAGAAAGAAGAACUGGAAUCUCUUCGGCAGAAGUACCCUCAUGUUUUUGGUAGGAAUAGGAUGGCUAAUCUGCCUCAUGUUAUGAGGUCAAUGGAUCUUGGUGAAUGGUUCUUUGAGAAAAUGAAGAGAGGGGAUCACUCUUUAUUAGUUACUUAUGCUAUUAGCUCUAUGGAGGACGACGUGGAUAAGCACUACAUGGAUAGCUUAAUACGACUACGAGCUAAAAGAACGUACAUAUAUGCAAUCCAGAAACUGAAUUUCCUACAUAGCAUUGGUUUUGGAGAGAAUAGGUUUGCAGUUAAAACCUUAUCCCAAUUAAACAGCAGCAGCAGCCAACUGCAGCGGCGAUUCAAUUGCCUUCUUCACUGUGGGAUUGAAUACUCAAAACUUUGUGCAAUGGUGAAGUUGUCUGGAAAGAUUCUUAACCAGCACGAAAGCAUUCUUGAGAAAAAACUUGAAUUCCUCUGCAAUGAUAUGCAGUCGUCUCUACAGUAUCUCGAUGUUUUCCCAGGAUAUCUAUGUUAUGACUUGGAGCAACGAAUCAAGCCAAGAUUCGAAUUGCAUAAGUGGCUCGUGGAUCAGGGUCUUUGUGAAAAAGAAUACUCCCUCUCCACCAUAAUAGCCUCUAGUGAGAAAACAUUUGUUGCUCGUCUUUCUCGCAUCCAUCCUGCCGCACCAAACAAGUGGCAAGAGAAUUCAUUAAAAAGAGACAGCCGGGCAGCAGCCCCUUAGCUUGAAUCAUUGCUUGACCAGUAUCUCAGUAACUCAGUGCUGCAAAGGUAAUUGUGCAUAUUGUUUUGGUGUAUUAUUCUCUAAUGACAUUGUAUUACCUUGAUGUGACUCUCAUGUAUAGUUGAACAUUGACUUGUUACAACUUUGGCAUAGACUAUGUAUGGAUUGGCUGUUUGGAAAUCUGUUAUAUGAGAAACAAAUAUCUAGCAACCGUUUCAUAUGGAUUAUGUUUACUACUCUUGAUAUCUUGGCCAUGUUGUGUAAAAUUCUCUUAUUGGUCAGCCGACUCCCUCAUAUGUUUCAGAAGACAUAUUUUAAUGUUGGUUCUACGUUGUUUUAGUUUCUAACUGAUGCUCUUGUAAUAUUUACUUCAACUUUGUGAUUUACUUAUUUUACGGGAACUAAUCUUACAUCCCGUCUGUAUAUUAUUCCAAGAA